UUAUCAUCAACACGAUGCGACGACGACGGUCAGAACCUUGAUCCAAAAUCCAAAAUAACAGUUCCUUAAAAUCACUUCGACUGUAAGGCUUUAAAUUUCUUCGCAGUUUCAACGAUGCGGUCCAGUUCGCGUCCAAAAUGUUUCGACUUUUAUUAGUGUUUAGCGUUUUUCCAAUUGUCUGCAGUCAACUUUAUGGCAGCACUACCUACGAAAGCAUCCAGGAAGACGCGAAUUUCGAAGCAUUUUACGACCUCCUAAGGCACAAUGGCGAAGCGAAAAAUAACUUAUUAAAUGACGAGAUUACCAUUUUCAUACCGACAAACGAAGCUUUCCAGCGAUAUGGACCGAUCCUACAUUCCGAUUUGGCUUUUUAUCAUAUGGCAUCGGCAGCACGCGCCAUAGAAGAUCUGAAAAAGACUCGAAAUAUUUCCUGCAUAAAUCCCAAGUUUCCGCCCUUAUGGAUUUCCAGAAACGGCGACGACCUGUACGUCAAUAACGCUGAGGUAUUUUCACAUAACUACUAUCCGUCCAAAAGUAGGACAGGAGAAGGCGGUAAACCGCAGAUCGUUUACCUCAUAGACCGAGUGUUGGAUCCAUUGAUUAGACUGCCUCAUUUUAAACACACCGCAUUCGAUUUUAUGGGUUCGUUCAGCAAAUUUACAUUAGGAUCGACAAGAAAGUCCGUCCACAGUUUCUUGUACAAAGUACAAGAGAAUAACGUUACCGACUUAUACGAAGCACAAGGAGGAAACACAUAUUUCAUUCCGAUAGACGAGGGAAUCGGUAGUAAACAGUUUCACGCAAUAAACAGAUACUCCAUAUACAGUCACAUAAUACCCAACGUUGUGCUUUUCACGAGACCGACCAAAAGGCAAUUUAACUAUGAGUCAUUGGCGAAUGAUGAUUUCGUAUAUACCGUAUUAUCGCUAGAAGACAAUAAAGGAAAGCUCUACGUGAGAGGUAACACGAUUCUGGGCAAGCCGAGCAACCCUCAAGGGGAAUUUGUAGUAGAAAUUUUACAUCCCGACAUUCCGGUCGCUAAUGGAGUGGUUCACGUGAUAUCCCGACCCCUGGGGGUAUUUCCACACUCGCUAAAACCAUUCCCCUACGUAUCGGUCUUGGAAAAAGUCGCAUCCGAUCCGAAUUUGGACACUUUCUACCGGUUAGGAGAAAAAUUUGGAUUUCACAGUAUUUUCACGGCUCACGACUAUUUUUUUACUUAUUUCGUGCCCAGCGAAUACGCGUGGAGGCAAAUUCGAAAGAGCGACUUGCAAUUGGUCGGGUCAGAGGUCGACUUGCUAAAGCGCCAUCUGGUAUUGUCGGAAACGCCGUUCUCUAUGGAAAGAUUGCUGGCGACGAGCAAAACCAGCAACGUAACUGGCGUGUCACUUCAGACUGUGGGGGGUCUAAUCAAACUACACAUUCACCUCAUAGACGGCACCUAUUAUAUACAGUGGUACAACAAGUUGAUAAGGGUGACGAGGCCCAACUACGAGUGUAGCGACGGGAUCGUGCACGUUUUGGCUGGCCCGAUCGCAACGUUUCAAAGGAACAGUUUUAAUUUCCUAGCUCUCAAUUAAAAUGUUCAC